AUGCUGAUGAAGGUACUGCUUUUCGUGCUCCUGGGGGCCGGUGUCCUCACUGUGGGGAUCCUGCUGGGUCACUUCGCCAUUGACAAGGGCGGUUCACCUGCCACCACGGACUGGCUGGACGACGUCUCCCGAGAUGUGGACGAAGGCCUCAUCGAGCGCUUCAUCACGGAGGUGGACAACAUGGAGAUCCAGGAGAACCUCAGGGUGCUGACCAGGGUCCCCCACAUGGCGACCUCGGCGGGGGACGAGCAGACGGUGGAGCUCAUGCUGAAGAGGUGGGGGGACCCCGACAGUGGCCUGGACCGUGCCUGGAGGGAGGAGUACCUGGUGCACCUAUCCUUCCCUGACCCACAGUCCCCCAAUAAAGUCACCGUGGUUUCCCCCACCGGAUCGGUCCUGUUUACCGCGAGAGAGAAGGAGGUUGCAUAUGAACCGGACCAGAACCAUACGGAUGUGGUCCAACCGUAUGCAGCAUACUCUCCCCCAGGGCACCCAAAGGGAAAGCUUGUAUAUGCCAACCAGGGCAAAGUCAGUGACUAUGAGCACCUGAACAAGAUCAUUGAUCUGAGGGGGACCGUUGCCAUAGUGAGAUAUGGAGGAGCAGGAAGAGCAGACAAAGCGAUCAAUGCCUUCCCAUUCGGCGUGGUUGGAGUGCUGGUCUACACCGACCCCUUGGACAUUAACGAUGGCCUGAUGUCUGAUGCUAACGAGACGUACCCCCACUCCUGGUACUUGCCCCCCUCAGGAGUGGAGAGGGGGGCGUACGCCUCCGAAUUCGGUGACAUGAGGACCCCCUACCUCGCUGCUAAAGAGCACACGUACAGAAUUCCGGAAGCUGACAUAAAGGGGAUCCCGCCUAUUCCUAUCCAGCCAAUCGGGUUCGAGGAUGCCUAUGCCCUGAUCUGUGAACUUGGUGGGCAGUCUGCCCCAACUGGUUGGCAGGGUGCCUUCAACUGCCCGUACAACACAGGACCGGGUUUCAAACCCACAUCCCCAUACAGCAACAGCUUAGUGAAUCUGGACAUUUACAACAAGGCCAUGUUGAAGAAUUCAUCCAAUGUGAUGGGAGUAAUCCGAGGCAGCGUGGAGCCUGACAGGUACAUCAUUUACGGGAACCACAGGGACAGCUGGGUGCACGGUGCCAUCGAUCCCAGCAGUGGAACGUCUGUCAUGCUGGAGAUCACCAGGGUGCUGGGCCGCAUGGUGAAGAAAGGGGAUUGGAGGCCUCGUAGAUCCAUUAUUUUUGGCAGCUGGGGGGCGGAGGAGUUUGGGCUGAUUGGGUCUACUGAAUACACUGAGGAGUACUCCAGCAAACUGAAGGACCGCACAGUUGCCUACAUCAACGUAGACAUCGCUGUGUUCGCAAAUGCAACCCUGAGGGUACAGGGAUCCCCCUCAGUCCAGAGUGUGGUCUUCACCGCCACCAAACAGGUGAAGACACCAGGAUCAGACUCCACCUCCGUCUAUGACAACUGGAUUCGGUUCUUCAACAGGAGCAGCAGUACCCACGGAUUGAUACCCAAUGUGGCCUUCCUGACAGGGGCAGGAAGUGACUAUGGUCCUUUCUUCCACUUCCUGGGCAUCACCGCCAUGGAUAUUUCUUACACCUAUGACAGGAGCAAAACCAAAGCUCGGAUCUACCCGGCAUACCACACGGCCUAUGACACCUUUAACUACUGUGCUAAAUACAUAGAUCCAGGGUUCACCAGUCACCAGACGGUGGCGCGGACAGCGGGGAACGUGCUCCUGCGAUUGGCCGACAGCCUCCUGGUCCCCUUCAACUGCAGCGACUACGCAGAGGGCCUGGAGCGCUAUCUCGGCGCCAGCCUGGAGAACUUUGGCGAGCGGCUGGCUCAGAAGGGCAUCUCCAUGGCACCGCUGCAGAGCGCUGUGGUACAGUUCCGCUUAGCGGCCACCGGCCUGAACAAAAUGAUCCAGGAUUCCACCCUCGCCAAGGAGACGCCCCUGAAGGUGCGCAGGAUCAACGACCAGCUCAUGCUGCUGGAGAGGGCCUUCCUGGACCCCCUGGCUUUCCCCGAAAAAUACGGCUACAGGCAUGUAAUCUGGGCCUCCAAAUCCUCGCCUGUUCCCACCUUCCCUGGGCUGGCCGACGCCUUCGCCCGCGCGCAGGAGAGCGACCUCGCUGCUGACUGGAACGAGGUGCACAGACACCUGUCAAUCAUCACACAGGCCAUCGAGGGCGCCGCCCACACCCUGGAGGAUGUCAUCUAG